CUCGAGCUAUAAAUCCUCGCUAAUCUCGUACUUACGUUGAUCAAUUGCCAUCCCUCUCGAAGCUUCAGUUCGUGUACCGGACAGACAACGUUAAUCGACAUCAUUAUAAAUACAUUCAAUAAUCGGGCAGAACUGGCGAAGAUGAAGCAGAGGAGCCCCGUUUCCAUGGAGAACUUGCUGGGACUUCUGAGAAUUCGCGUGCUCCGAGGAGUCAACUUGGCCGUUCGUGAUGUCCGGAGUAGCGAUCCGUACGUUAUUGUUCGCAUGGGCAAACAGAAGCUAAAGACCAGUGUGGUGAAGAAGAAUGUCAAUCCAGAGUGGAACGAAGAUUUGACGUUGUCUAUUUCAGACCCAAAUCUUCCUGUCAAGCUGCAAGUGUUCGACAAGGAUCUAUUCAGUUGCGAUGACAAAAUGGGGGACGCAGAAUUCGACAUCGCGACAUACGUAGAAGCUGCACGGAUGCACUUCCAAGAUGUCCCCAGUGGGACCAUAAUCACCAAGAUCAAACCGAGCAGGGAGAAUUGUCUGGCCGAGGAAAGCAACAUUGUCUGGGAAAAUGACAAGGUUGUCCAGAACAUGGUUUUGAGGUUGCGGAACGUUGAGUGCGGGGAAUUGGAGCUCCAGUUGCAGUGGAUCAACAUUCCAUCGCGGGUCAAGAACCCGUACGGCCGUUCUCUAGUGCAGGUACAAGAUGAUGUACAGAAUGGCUCAUGGCAUUAGCUUAAUAAUGUAACUUUAAGUCUAUAUAUAAAUAAUGAAUGUGUAGUUGCAGCACCUUGUUAAGAUGGGAUAUAUACAAUAUAUGUAUGGUUUGAUAAAUACUUUUUCAAGAUAUAAAUGGUAGCAUUAUAAUGAUAUUAAAAGAAGCAGUUGAGAUGAAACAUAGGAAGAUACUAAAAUCUUGCAAGGUAUGAUAUGACUUCUACAAUUGGGAAAGUAUUAUUAUCCCAUCUAAUAAAACUUUUGCUCCAUU